AUGGUUUCUAUUGGUGCAACUUUCAUCGAUGAUAAACUUAGCGGAGGAAGAAAGCUUGAGGCAGGCCUCUUGGAGAAGAUUGAAGAAUCGAAUAUUUCAGUAGUCAUUUUCUCCAAGAACUAUGCUGAUUCUACCUUCUGUUUUAGUGAACUCUUGAAGAUUCUUGAGUGCAAGGAGACGAAAGGCCAGAUUGUCUUGCCAGUUUUUUACCAAGUUGAUCCAACCGAGGUUCAAGAGGCGAGCGAGAGCUUUGGGACUGCACUUGGCAAGCAUGAACAAGAAUGCAGUUCAGCAGAGGUGAGGCGUUGGAGACAUGCUUUGAAAGAAAUAGCCAAUCUUAAGGGCUGGGAUUCAAACAUCACUAAGCAAGAUACUAAACUGAUUUGUGAAAUUGUUAGUGACAUUCAAAAGAAAUUAGAUCCUAUUUUCUCCUUAAGCGAUUCCAAAGGAUUUUUUGGAAUUAAAUCACGCAUCAAAGACGUCGAAUCGUUAUUAUACAUUGGAUCACCUGGGGUGCGCAUUGUGGGAAUCUUGGAAAUGGGUGGUAUAGGAAAGACAACAAUUACUGAAUGGAUAUUUAAUCGAAUCUCUACUCUUUUCGAAGGCCGAUGCUUUCUUCCUAAUGUCAGGGAACAAUCAAGCAAGCGCGGACUAUUACCUUUACGAGUUGAAAUUCUUUCCAAAGGGACUAAAGCAGUUCAAGCAAUAUCCCUAGACAUAUCGAAAAUUAAAGAAAUAAGUUUGAGUCCUACGGUCUUUGAAGGGAUGUGUAAUCUUAGACUGCUUGAAUUCUAUGAUUCUUUUUCUUGCGAAACCAAAAUAAUUCUUCCUGAAGGCCUUAAAUUUCUACCAGGUAAGCUAAGGUUUCUGAGCUGGGAUGAUUACCCUUUGAAAUCUCUACCAUCAAAUUUUUGUAUGCAUAAUCUUGUUAAACUUGGAAUGCCUUACAGCAAUCUUGAAGAACUUUGGAAUGAAGUUCUGCCUCUUGUGAAUUUGAAACUUAUGGACGUUAGUUUCCCCAAAAACAGCCUGAUCAGAAUGAAUCCAAAAUUGUCCAAAGUUCCCAAUCUUGUGGUUCUAAAUCUGAGCGGCUGUAAUGUACUUGGAAUGCUAGAUUUCUCUAAAGUUCCAAACCUUCCGAUUUUAGACCUGAGUUGGUGUAGUAGUUUGAUUGUGGUUCCCUCCUUUAUUGAGUGUUGCACCAAGCUUACAAAACUAGACCUUAGCUAUAAUGAAAAUCUUCUUGAGAGUCUACCAAGCAGCAUCGGCCAGUUGAAAUGUCUCGCAGAGCUUGAUCUUAGUUAUUGCUCGAAGUUAGCAAGUCUCCCAAAUAGUAUCUAUGAUCUUGAAUCUCUUGUAACUCUUGAUCUUGUUGGGUGUCGAAAUCUGAAUAGGCCUGAGUCCAAACUAAUAGUGGAAAUUGUUGAUGCCCAUUUGAAGAAACUAAAUCUCAUAUCCUCAAGCAAUCUUGAAGGCUUGGUGGGAAUUAAUCCACGUAUCCAAGAGGUUGAGGCUUUACUAUGCAUUGGACGUCUAAAUGUGUGCACUCUUGGAAUUUAG